AAUCUCUAUUGAGGGUGUCAACACUCCAUAUCUGUACUUUGGCAUGUGGAAAACAACAUUUGCAUGGCACACUGAAGAUAUGGAUCUCUACAGUAUAAAUUAUCUUCACUUUGGAGAACCAAAAUCAUGGUAUGCUAUUCCUCCAGAACAUGGAAAGCGACUUGAAAGGCUAGCUCNAGGAUUCUUUCCAAGUAGUUCUCAAGGAUGUGAUGCCUUUCUGCGCCAUAAGAUGACAUUAAUUUCUCCCUCAAUUUUGAAAAAAUAUGGAAUUCCUUUUGACAAAAUCACUCAGGAGGCAGGAGAAUUUAUGAUAACUUUCCCGUAUGGAUACCAUGCAGGAUUUAACCAUGGUUUCAACUGUGCAGAGUCAACGAACUUUGCAACGAUCAGAUGGAUUGAUUACGGAAAAGUAGCUAAAUUGUGUACCUGUAGGCAAGACAUGGUAACAAUAUCAAUGGAUGUCUUUGUGAAGAGAUUCCAGCCUGACAGGUACCAGCUGUGGAAACAAGGAAAAGAUUUAUACACCAUCGAUCAUACAAAACCCACCCCUGAAAUGACACCUGAGGUAAAGGCCUGGUUGCAGAGAAGAAGGAAAACAAAGAGAUCUUCCAGGUGCUUCCAGCAUACCCAAUCACGAUCAAAAAAGCUUAAAACUCCAGAGGACAAGAAGGUAUCAACCAUACUGGUUGGUACAGAAAUCACAGCCACGGAAGCAGCUAUGGAUAGCUUCAAGGUCAAUGAAAAGCCAUUAGAAAAAAUAAAGCCAGUAAACACUGAAGUGCCAUCUGGGGCAGAACAAGAUACAAGAAUGAUGCAAAUGGAUCAGAAUUUAUUGGAUAGCAAAAAGGUCUCAGCUCACAACUCUUCGAGCUCACAACCUAACCAUGAUCCUGUAAUGAAAAAAAUACAAACUGAAGACGAGGAGAAAGAAAACUCUGCCUUUGUUCAGUUCUGUCCUGAGGAAUCUGGAUUGGCCUUGCUUUCAUCUGCUAGCUGUAAUAAGGAAGGAGAUUUAAAAUCUUUAGCUUCUUCCAGGCAGGCUGUAGAGUAUGCUUCUUCUGAAGCUGAGAAUUUGGAGAAAGAAGAAACUAGCAGUGUAUCUACAGAAGAAGAUGAGAUCAGUGACCUUGAAAGCAGUGAAAAUGGCCUGGAACCUGGAGAAAUAUCACUAAGAAAUGACGGAGAGCGAACAAAAACAUCUAAAAGUUGGCGUCAUCCACUAAGCAUACCCCCUGCCAGAUCUCCUAUGACGUUAGUUAAACAGCAGGCAACAAGUGACGAAGAACUGCCUGAGGCUCUCUUAAAUGAAGAAGAAAUUCAAGAAACAGAGUCCUGGGCCAAACCUCUUGUCUACCUUUGGCAGAAGAGAACACCAAAUUUUACUGCUGAAAAAGAGUACAAUGCAGCUGUUGCCAAACUGGAACCAUGUUGUGCUGUAUGUACACUCCUCAAGCCUUACUACAAGGCUGACAAAUCUAAUGAAGAAAACUAUACUUACUCAGAAACAAAACAAAGAGAAAUGUGUGUGACCAAGGAAAAGACAAAACCACUUAUUCCAGAGAUAUGUUUUAUUUAUAGUGAGGAGAACACUGAAAACUAUCCAUCAAAUGGCUUUAUUGAAGAAGAUGGAACAAGUCAGCUGAUUUCCUGUGCGAAGUGUUGUGUACAAGUUCAUGCAAGUUGCUAUGGUGUUCCUUCUCAUGAAAUUCAUGAUGGAUGGCUGUGUUCUCGGUGUAAAAAAGGAGCCUGGACAGCUGAAUGUUGCCUGUGUAAUUUGAGAGGUGGAGCACUCAAGCAAACUACUGACAGAAAGUGGGCUCAUGUCAUGUGUGCAAUUGCUAUCCCAGAAGUCAGAUUUGGUAAUGUCACAGAAAGAACACCAAUAGACACAAGCAGGAUACCUUUGCAGAGGUUAAAACUGAAAUGUAUCUUCUGCCGACAAAGAGUUAAGAAAAUAUCUGGUGCCUGCAUCCAGUGUUCUUAUGGACGGUGCCCAGCGUCUUUCCAUGUUACAUGUGCUCAUGCUGCAGGGGUGCUGAUGGAACCAGGUGACUGGCCUUAUGUUGUCUACAUCACAUGUUUCAGACACAAAAUCAAUCAAAAUGUGAAGACGAAAGACGUACUUGAAAAAGCAGUUUCAGCUGGGCAAACUGUCAUAGCAAAACACAGGAACACCCGAUACUACAGCUGCAGAGUGAUAGGAGUUAAAUCUCAAGUUUUCUAUGAAGUCAUGUUUGAUGAUGGUUCCUUCAGCCGGGAUACCUUCCCUGAAGACAUUGUGAGUAGAGAUUGCCUGAAGCUGGGCCCACCUGCGGAGGGAGAAGUUGUUCAAGUGAAGUGGCCUGAUGGAAAACUUUAUGGUGCAAAAUAUCUAGGAACCAACGUGGCUUGCAUGUAUCAGGUCGAGUUUGAAGAUGGUUCUCAGAUUGCAACAAAGAGAGAAGAAAUCUACACUCUUGAUGAAGAGUUGCCUAAAAGAGUGAGAGCCCGAUUUUCUACAGCAUCUGAUAUGAGAUUUGAAGACACAUUCUAUGGAGCUGAUAUCAUCCAGGGAGAAAAGAAGAGACAGAGGGUGCUGAGUUCCAGAUUUAAGAAUGAAUUUGUGGACGACCCUGGGUACCGCAGCUUCUUGAAAAGCUCAUUCCAGAAGAAGGGCCAGAAGAGACUAUAAGGAAGAAACAAAAAAUGAACUCAUGAACAGUUCACCCGCUCUCUUUCUGUGUAUGAGCAGGGUGUUAAAUAUGGGGUAACUCGACUUCCAAAACACAGAUGUUGUUAUUAGUUUGAAGAUCUACCUUUGUUAAGUCAGACUUCUAGCUUCUGGUUGAAAUACUUCUUGAGUGUACCGAAAAGUUUACUAAGAAAUGUUUCAGGUCCAUAAACCUGUCCUUCUAAGCUUCAGUGCCCCAGUUCGGGGUUUCUUAAUCUUUUAAAAUCUGAACGUUUAAUUUUAUCCAAGGACUGGAAAAUGCCAUAUUGGGAAUUAGAGGCCCUGUCAUAUAACAAGAUUAUGUACCUACAGUAGGAGACAUCAGUGGGGGACCAGUCAUCCCUCCAUGGAUUCAUGGAUAUCAGUGGCAGGCUCCCAUAGACAGCUGUUAGAGAAAGAUCAGACCAAGGCAUAGUAUAAUAUCAUUACCUAUCUAGAUGGGGAUCUCUUUUCUUCCUCCAAAGACUAGGAAUUGCUAUGACUUGUCUACUUUCUGCAAACAGGAAAAGGGAUUCCACAUUUUUGCUAUGAGAGGUUUUUUUUAAAAAAUACAACAUUGUUUUCUAAAACACAUGCAGGUAUAGAUGGCACUGAGAUCUGCAAAUGCUAUACUAUCAUAACUUUGUACAAUGCUAUUCACGUUGUUUUUGCCUUCGCUACUUUCUGUACUUCUGAUCAAAAUUUAGGUCUUAAACUGAGAUGGAGGUGCUGCUUCUAAAGAAGAAAAUCUAAAAGGAAAGGAAGGAUGUAUAUUUAAAGAGGGAGAUUCUUGGUAUCUAUUUUUAAACUUUUUUUCG